ACCUGUGUUCCCAAGUAGGAGUAGCCACCCCCGCCUGCCCACCCACUCAUCACCCACCGCGCGCAGGGCAGUCCACCCAUCCACUGCUGAUCCAUCCAUUUCCACCCCCGUCUCUCUCGGCGCUCAAGGCCCUCACCCUCGACUCCGCUGCUGCCUGCCUGCCUCCUCUGCCUCCUCCUUGCCGCCGCGACCGCGACCGCCGCUCGCUGUCGAGGCCGCGCCCGCCAGAGGAGAGGAGUAUAGUCAAGUCCGAGGCCACCUCACCUGCCCACGCUCAGACCUCCCCCCUCGCCUCAACGCCUCGCCUCGUCUCGUCUCCUCCACGCCACACACGCUCACCCCCGCCUCCCCUUCCCUUCCCCGGCGGCGACCCGGAUCCCACUACUCCUGCGGCGCCAGCGAGCUCCGCCGACGAGUCAUCGGCCUCCCGGAGCUCAGCACGCAGGUGGGUCCAGUGAGCUGUGCAGAGGGCGGGCCUUGGUUGUGCGUGUGGCCGCGGGCGUCGUCGGGGGCAGAUCCAUGGAGCUAUGCCGCCCGCAGCGCGGAUAGUAGUACGAGUACCCUGCACCAGUGGAUCACGAGGACUGCCCCCCCACCUGCUGCUGUUUGUUUCGCUAGCCAUUUUGGAGGCGUCUGUCUUGCUUGGAGGAUAUGGCCGCGGCGAUGGACGCGCCCAACCCUGCAGCGGCUGCUGGCUCAGGAGGAAUGCCUAGUGACGCCCUGUACCGAGAGCUGUGGCAUGCGUGUGCCGGCCCGUUGGUCACAGUACCUAGACAAGGCGAGCGCGUCUAUUACUUCCCCCAGGGCCAUAUGGAGCAGCUUGAGGCGUCUACACACCAGCAGCUUGAUCAGUACUUACCGAUGUUCAAUCUACCACCCAAGAUCCUAUGCAGUGUAGUCAACGUGGAACUACGGGCCGAAGCUGAUUCAGAUGAAGUUUAUGCUCAAAUUAUGUUGCAACCAGAAGCUGAUCAAAACGAACUCACCAGCCUGGACCCUGAACCACAAGAACCUGAAAAAUGCACUGCCCAUUCCUUCUGCAAGACACUGACAGCUUCAGAUACGAGCACUCACGGCGGUUUUUCUGUUCUUCGGAGGCAUGCUGAAGAAUGUCUUCCUCAGCUGGACAUGUCUCUAAAUCCACCUUGCCAAGAACUGGUUGCCAAAGAUCUCCAUGGCACUGAAUGGCAUUUUCGACACAUUUUUCGAGGGCAACCCAAGAGGCAUCUCCUUACAACUGGCUGGAGUGUCUUUGUUAGCUCAAAGAGAUUGGUUGCGGGGGAUGCAUUUAUCUUCAUGAGAGGUGAAAAUGGUGAGCUACGGGUUGGUGUAAGGAGGCUCAUGAGACAAGUAAAUAGCAUGCCGUCAUCUGUCAUAUCAAGCCACAGCAUGCAUCUUGGAGUCUUGGCCACAGCCUCCCAUGCCAUCUCCACUGGAACCCUCUUUUCCGUUUUCUACAAACCAAGAACUAGCCGAUCUGAUUUUAUUGUGAGUGUUAACAAGUACCUUGAAGCUAAGAAGCAGAAAAUAUCUGUUGGAAUGAGGUUUAAGAUGAGAUUUGAAGGUGAUGAGGCUCCUGAAAGAAGGUUCAGUGGAACAAUUAUUGGCAUUGGCAGUUUGCCGGCAAUGUCAAAAUCUCUGUGGGCAGAUUCUGACUGGAGAUCUCUAAAGGUUCAAUGGGACGAACCUUCAUCCAUUCUUCGUCCAGAUAGAAUCUCACCAUGGGAAGUGGAGCCCCUGGAUGCUGCUAAUCCACAAUCCCCUCAACCUCCACCAAGGCCUAAGCGUCCACGACCCCCAGCUUCACCUUGUAUGGUUUCAGAACUGCCUUCAGGUUUUGGACUCUGGAAAUCCCCAACAGAAUCAUCCCGUACACUCUCAUUUUCGGAACCUCAACGGGCUCGAGAGUUAUUUCCUUCAAUUCCCACAUCAACCUUCUCAUCUUCAUCAAACGUCAGUUUCAAUUCAAAGAAUGAGCCAUCCAUGCUAACCACACAGUUCUACUGGUCAGCAAGGGAUACAAGAGCUGACUCCUGCGCUGCUAGCACCAACACAGUCAUAGUUGAAAAGAAGCAAGAGCCAAGUUCUGGUGGUUGCAGAUUGUUUGGAAUUGAUAUAUGCUCAGCUGAGGAAGAAGUAUUACCUGUGGUUACUGCUCCAGGUGUUGGUUAUGAGCAGACUGCUGCCUCUGUAGAGUUGAACUCGGAUAAGCUCUCACAGGGAUCUGAUGUCAACAAUUCUGAUGCCCCAGCAGCUAGCAGUGAGCGUUCACCUCUUGAAUCCCAAAGCCGGCAAGUGAGGAGCUGCACCAAGGUAAUUAUGCAAGGAAUGGCAGUUGGAAGGGCUGUAGACCUGACAAAGCUUAGUGGCUACAGUGAUCUUUGCCAGAAGUUGGAGGAGAUGUUUGACAUCCACGGGGAGCUAGGUUGCACACUCAAGAAAUGGCGGGUCAUUUUCACUGAUGAUGAGGAUGACAUGAUGCUUGUUGGGGAUGAUCCUUGGGAUGAGUUUUGCAGAAUGGUGAAAAGGAUUUACAUUUACACAUAUGAGGAGGCGAAGAAACUGACAUCCAAGUCAAAGUUACCUGUUAGCAGUGACAGCAGCAAGCUGAGUGCUGUAAACUCACUGUCUGAAUGACUAUCAACAAAGACUGCAGAGUGCUAACGUCCCUCUAAUUUUGUUGUUUCCACCAUUGAUUAUGUGGGGGUGUGGGGGGAAGGCCCAUCAUUGCUCCGUGGGCUGAAGUUGUGGUUGGCAUUCAAUUGCCUCGAGUUUUGGAGGCCUUUGGACUGCCAUGCCAGCACGAGCCUCCUGGAAGAGAGGCACUCUGGCAUCUGCGUGCCAUUUCCCAUUUGUCUGUGACGUUUGGUAGGAGUAUCCAUGGCUUAUUUAGCAGGUCCCUGGUUUGAAGAAAGAACCGGUCAGCUGCAAGAUGGACGGACGGUGCCUUGCCUCUUCUUCGACUACUUAGCUAGUAAUUAGGACUAUGUAUGUAAUGAAUGUAUAUAGUGCCAUUAAGAUGCCCUGCCCUGGUAUUGAGGUUCGGGCAUUUGUAUGCAUCGAUUGUUGUUCGGUAAUUGUUACCCUUAGCAGCGACAAACCUGAGGGUGUAGGUGGUCAGGUGGGAUGUAUGUUUCUUUCAGCAACAAUCUGUCAAUCUUUGCGGAAGUGAUCUGUAUAUAGUCUACUGUUUAAUAAACAAUGUUGUGCAACUUGUGCUCCUAGCCUUGCACCAUA